AUUUUUACAUAGACAAAAGAAGCAGGCAGCAUUUUCGUUGUCACUGGGAGAAAAGAAGAAAAUAAAAGGAAAACAGAGACUUGCGUUUUCUCUCUUCCUCAGAUCCAAAUCUCUGCCUGUUCUAUCUUUCUUAGAUCUCCGAAUUCCAACUUUUGGAUCUUGAAGCUGCGGAUCCUUGGAUUUGAAUAGAAAUUCCGUUUAAUUACGUGCAGCCGUGAUUCGUUGAUUGAUUUAGUUGCCGCGUUUAAUUGAUUGGAUCUGAUUCCAGCUCUAUCCGGAAGUUUCAAUCCUGGACGAAAUCAUGAAUCCUUUCUCUUCCGGUACUCGUCUACGGGACAUGAUACGGGCUAUACGUGCUUGCAAAACUGCAGCGGAAGAACGUGCUGUUGUAAGGAAAGAGUGUGCUGCUAUUCGUGCAGCAAUUCUUGAAAAUGAUCAAGACUAUAGGCACCGUAACCUGGCAAAGCUCAUGUUCAUUCACAUGCUUGGGUAUCCCACGCAUUUUGGCCAAAUGGAGUGCCUGAAGUUGAUUGCAUCUUCUGGAUUUCCAGAGAAGAGGAUUGGAUAUCUUGGUCUUAUGUUGCUUCUUGAUGAAAGACAAGAGGUUUUGAUGUUGGUGACAAAUUCAUUAAAGCAAGAUCUCAAUCAUUCAAACCAGUAUAUUAUAGGGCUUGCUCUUUGUGCGCUGGGAAAUAUUUGUUCUGCUGAAAUGGCUCGUGAUCUCGCACCAGAAGUAGAAAGAUUGCUGCAGUUUCGAGAUCCAAAUAUCAGGAAGAAAGCAGCAUUGUGCUCCAUACGGAUCAUAAAGAAAGUUCCGGACCUUGCUGAAAACUUUAUAAAUCCUGCUGCUUUGCUGCUUAGAGAAAAGCAUCAUGGAGUCCUAAUAACAGGAGUUCAACUUUGUACGGAUCUAUGUAAAGUCAGUUCAGAAGCCCUUGAAUAUUUCAGAGAGAAGUGUACUGAAGGUUUGGUAAAAACUCUGAGGGAUAUGGCAAACAGUCCCUAUGCACCUGAGUAUGACGUUGCUGGCAUUACAGAUCCUUUCCUUCAUAUAAGAUUGCUUAAGCUUUUGCGGAUAUUGGGCCAGGGAGAUGCUGAUGCUAGUGACUGUAUGAAUGACAUACUCGCUCAGGUAUGUGGCAACAAAAUCGAGUCAAAUAAAAAUGCGGGAAAUGCCAUUCUUUAUGAAUGUGUUGGAACCAUUAUGAGCAUUGAAGAUAAUGGUGGUUUGCGUGUGCUUGCUGUCAAUAUCUUGGGAAGAUUCUUGUCAAACCGUGACAACAAUAUCAGAUAUGUUGCAUUAAAUAUGCUUAUGAAGGCUAUGACAGUGGAUGCUCAAGCAGUGCAGAGACAUAGGGCAACAAUUUUGGAAUGUGUAAAGGAUUCAGAUGCUUCAAUUCGAAAGAAGGCACUUGACCUUGUAUACUUGCUGGUGAAUGAAAGUAAUGUGAAGCCUCUGACAAAAGAGUUAAUUGAAUAUUUGGAAACAAGCGAUCAAGAAUUUAAGGGAGUUCUUACUGCCAAGAUUUGUUCCCUUGUCGAGAAGUUUUCCCCAGAGAAAAUUUGGUACAUUGAUCAGAUGCUCAAGGUUCUUUCCGAGGCUGGAAAUUUUGUAAAAGAUGAAGUCUGGCAUGCCCUUAUCGUUGUCAUAAGUAAUGCUUCUGACCUCCAUGGAUAUUCAGUCAGGGCUUUGUACAGAGCAUUCCAUACAUCAACAGAACAGGAAUCACUUGUUCGCGUUGCAGUUUGGUGUAUUGGUGAAUAUGGCGACAUGUUGGUGAAUAAUAUAGGGAUGCUUGAUAUUGAAGAACCAAUAACUGUAACAGAGUCUGAUGCUGUGGAUGCUGUAGAGGUUGCUAUUAAGCGUCAUUCUUCUGAUCUCACUACUAAAGCAAUGGCUUUGGUUGCGCUGUUAAAGCUCUCUUCUCGUUUCCCAUCUUGUCCAGAGAGGAUCAAGGAUAUAAUUCUUCAGAAUAAACGGAGCUUUGUGCUUGAGUUGCAACAGCGUUCUAUUGAAUUUAAUUGUAUUCUUCAGAAGCAUCAGAACAUUAGAGCUGCGUUGGUUGAAAGGAUGCCAGUUUUGGAUGAGGCAACUUUCAGUGGAAGGAGAGCUGGCUCCCUGCCUACAUCUGUUUCAACAUCCACUGGGACAGCGCGUAAUCUUCCCAAUGGAAUUGCUAAACCAGCUGCAGCUCCUGUUGCAGACUUACUUGACCUAAGUUCAGAUGAUGCUCCUGCACCUAGUUCUUCUGGUGUUGAUUUUCUUCAGGAUCUUCUUGGUGUUGAUUUAUCCCCUGCUUCUGCUGCUCCAAGUACAAGUCAGCCUCCAAAAGGUGGUACAGAUGUUCUGCUGGAUCUUUUGUCAAUUGGAACAUCGCCUCCGGCACGAAGCAGCUCAUCUGCAUCUGACAUGUUAUCUUCUAUUCAAGACAACACAGCACCGCUUGCUAAUUUAAACGGCCUCCCAUCACUUUCCCCACUUUCUGCAAAUCCCACUUCUCCUGCAAGUCCUGCUACAGUGAUGGAUUUAUUGGAUGGGUUUGGCCCUAGUCCUCAAAAGAAAGUUGAAAAUGGACCAGCUUAUCCUUCUUUAGUUGCAUAUGAGAGCAGCUCUUUAAGGAUGUCAUUCAACUUCUCAAAGCAACCAGGAAACCCACAAACAACUUUGAUACAGGCUACUUUUACAAAUCUGUCACCCAAUGUUUAUAAUGAUUUUCUUUUCCAGGCGGCAGUUCCUAAGUUUCUUCAGCUGCAUUUGGAUCCGGCUAGCAGCAAUAUCUUGCCUGCAAAUGAGUCCAUCUCUCAAAGUAUGAAAGUCACCAAUAGCCAACAUGGGAAGAAAUCGUUGGUGAUGCGCAUAAGGAUAGCUUACAAGAUAAACGACAAAGAUGUUUUGGAAGAGGGACAAGUCAACAAUUUCCCUCGUGAUUGUGAGGUUGAUCGAUCUGCAGGGACGCCGGAGUUAUUCAUGAAUGAAAUGAUAUUUAAAGAAACAUCAAUGGAUCCCUCUCAAGUGAUUACCUAUGCCAAACGACUUGCAAUGGAUGUGGAUAAAGCCCUGUUAAACUCACAUAGCAGGAUGUUUAAUGAUCCUUGUUGGGUUAAAUGGAAAAAACCUCCUGAAGGGGGUUGGAUUCUAAAUACUGAUGGUGUGUAUAAAAUGAAUUCUGGCCUGGCAGCUGCAGGUGGUCUGAUCUGA